CACCCCAAGAACCUGCCAGAAACUUACCGAACCGGCCACCGGAAGCUCCAUACAACUCGCAGCAAAUAUUCCACCGGUUCACCAUCUUCCGGACCUCCAAUUUCCACCAAAUUUUGGUAACAGAAGCCCAUUGAUCUGAAGUUUCAAGAACUGUUCUCUUACACGUGUACCUCAUCUCUUCUUUUCAGCUAGUAUAAAUAUGUACUCAGCUUUCAUUUUGUAAUCAACCUGAUACGCAAUACAAUUUUUCUCUCAUUUCCUCUGUAUUUUAUGGGCUUCUCCAUUAGAGCUUUCAUGGUAUCAAAGUCAGGUUCGAUCGGGAUCAGAUUUUGUGCCUAGCUAAUUGAGGUUCAUGGAGCUAUCGUUCUCUUCUAGUUCUUCCUGCUAGUGUUGAUUUCUGCAAAAUCGAAGAUUUCAAACUUGAGAUAAGUUCAUUCUUCAGAUCUGGAAUUGUGAAAGUUCUGAUAGUUGAUAUUUGUUGCUAAUUUUUUUUUGGCUUCGAAGCUUUGAUUCUAAGUUUGAAGUAGUAUGCUACUGCUCUUAGUCAAAAUUCAUGAGAUUUGUUGAAGUUUGCUUCAGAUUGAAGUUUGAUGAAACCCUAGUUUUCACUUGUUGAAGUUUUAGUACUUUCUUUUGUGCAAUUCUCGUUGACUUACUGUGAAUAGAAGAUUGUGGAAGAUCUAGUGGUUAUUUUGGAAGAUAUGGAAGUCUACAAAUCCUAGCUUCUCAUCAGAAUUUGUUCAAGUUCAUAUUAGAAAUUAUUGAAGAUCAUAGAGCUGUUUUGUUGGAAUUUAUUUGUUCCUAGUGUGAAGUUGUUAUACAUUACAUAAGCUGGAAGUUGUUAGUUUUUGGUUAUGUUCAUCAGUUCAUCAUUGGAGAUCAUCAGUGGUGAAUUUUGAGUGUUGAUCUGUGUUGCCUAUCAUCAUGAAUACCGAUAUUGACUUAAGAAAUUGUCUACUGUCCAACUUCUGCAAUUUGAUUCCGGUUCACUUAGAUGGCUCUAACUAUGUCACAUGGAAGUUUUUGUUAGAGACAAUGUUAAGAGGUUGUGGCCUGAUGAAAUAUGUCGAUGGAUCAUUUCCUUGUCCUUCACAAUACAUGAUCACAAAAGAAGGUGGUGUCUUAUCUGAAAUGACAGCAGAGUACCUUACUUGGAAACAAAAUUAUUAUGCUGUUAUGACUCUGCUUGUUGCUACUCUAUCCAGUGGUGUACUCUCUUUUGUUGUUGGCAAUAACACUUCUAGAGACCUUUGGUGUUUGCUUAAAGAGAGAUGAAGACAUAAUUGUUUCUGUUCUACUUGGUUUGCCAUCAGCCUAUACUACCAUGAAGACUAUAAUAAGGGCUAAGCAUAACCCCAUUUCAAUGCAAGAGUUAAGGUCUCUUUUGCUCAUGGCUGAAGCUGAAGCUGAACUUGAAGAGGUUGACAAGUCUCUUUCCUUGCCUUCCACUACUGAAAUCAUAGCACAAGAUGAUAAUAUCAGAGGGUCUACUCCUGCACCAACUCUUAUUACAAAUGCCAAAUCUGAUGUUAAUUCUAUGAUGCCUACAAGUAGUGUUGCCUCUUCUAUUGGAUAUAAUGUGCAUUCCAUGUCUAAUUCAAGUCCUUCACAAUCUGCUGCUAGUCCUGGACCUCAGCCUCUAUACAUGACAAAUGCUUCAUCACCUUGUACUCCCACAUUUGUUGAUUAUUCGCAGACAUCAUAUCUGGGGUUUCCUCAACCAAGUGCAAAUACAUGUCUCACCCAACCUACUGAUUUCUUUGCUCACAACAAUGGUGGUAUGCUUCAACGAUUUGGUGCUCAUAUGCCUCAAAUGCAAACCAAUAGUUACUUAUUGCAGCUUGUAGCUCCUUCUACUUUCACUCCUUGUCAUGCCUCAAAUGAUUAUGCUGUCACGCCCUCAAUUUCUAUCAGUAAUGGUGCACCUCAUUCAAUGCCUAACUCUGGAUAUGGGAUGAAUAAUGGGACUGGUAAUGAAAAUUUCAAUGAGGAUGCAUGGUUCAAAAUAGUGGUUACAAUCAUGUCCCUCAGUACAACCAUUCACAGCAGCAAGGGUUCUUUCUCAACAAUGAUUCCUACAAUGGCAUGCCACCUCAGCAAGGUUUUCACUCAUUGUCAACCAAUAUUACCUACUCAGCUGCAGGGUACACUGAAGACAAGAUGA